AUGGGCGUCAAGAUCGACGACACGCUGGGCCUGCUACGGGUGACGAAGGAGCCCGUCAAGGACCCCAAGAUGCCAAACGUCUGGCUGUCCAGCUACCUGAUACCCGAGGGGGGUGCAGCCAAGAUGCUGAGGUGUUUCCAGAGGGCGAACCAAAACCUGGCCGAGGUUGUCAUAGACCGCGUCGUGGUUCAGGAGUGCCUCCACAAGGAUGAGGACAUCUCUGCGUUUGUGGUCGACCACCACCGGUUCUUCGGCCACCUCGAGACCGGUGGCGACGCCAGGGCCAAGUACAACGACGUUCUGGACAAGGGGCAGGACGGCGACAAGCGGAAGGCGUAG